UUGUAAGUCAGCCGAUCGCCAGCUGGUAGCAGGGUUCUUUAAACUAAGCCUGCAUCCGUUAUCGCGCCGCAUUAAGCAUCAGAACGUGUGACGAAGUGGUUGCCUGUUUUCGACUUUUGGCCGCUUGAAUAGCUUGAACGCUGUUUUGCUAAACUCGUUACUAAAUCGUAAUAACGCGCAAUCAAUUAGCUCUUACGUAAAUCAGGCAGGAACACAAGCCAGGCCAGCCUGAUGUGCUGACAAAAAAAUUUAUGUGGACUUAGUGCAUUUAGCUUUAUGUGAUGAGACUGAUUUAGUGUUUAAAAAGAUAAACAAAUAAUUGUAGAAAGCAAAGUACUACACUGGCUUUCAAACUGUGUUAAUUUUAUUUAUUUUUUUAAUUAGAAAAAUAUAUACCAAAAUGUCACCAAAUUUAAGAGUGUUUGCAUUUGUGUUCACAAUCCUUUGUGCACUAGCAAAUUCGAAAUUCUCCUAUGAACCCGGCAAUUGUGAUAUUUUAAUAAAGAGCGCUGUAAGCGAGAUUUUAAAAAAUGAAAUGCGCGCACGGCUGCGUCCUUCGUGGCGUGAGUCGCGCAUCAAUCACUUACGUUACGAGCUCUACACGCCACAGAAUCCUUAUAAUGCGCAAGUUUUGAAGACAGGUGAUGCUAAUGUGCUGCGUAAGUCGUUUUUCAAUGCCAAAUUGCCGGUUAGAAUCUCCAUACACGGUUGGACCGGCAAGAGCACCUCAUGUUCGAACGCAGCCAUCAAGGAUGCCUACUUAGCGGCGGGCAAAUUCAAUGUAAUAAUACUCGAUUGGAGUGCCAUAUCGAUGGGUAUUAGCUAUAUUCGCGUUAGCGGUCGAUUGCAUGAAAUCGCCACAAAAUUGUUGGAAUUCACACAAUUUUUGCAUCUAGAAAGUGGCGUCCCCUACGAAAGCAUAUAUUUGGUGGGUCAUAGCGCCGGGGCGCAUAUAGCUGGGCUAGCGGGUAAACAAUUACGACCGCAACGUUACGGCGCCAUCUAUGCGCUCGACCCGGCCGGCCUUGCGCAGUUGCCGCUCGGCGAAGAUAAACGUUUGGCACCGAACGAUGCCAUUUACACGGAAUCCAUACACUCGGACGUUGCGAUGCUGGGCAAUCCGAGCACGGAACUUACACAGGCGUCAUUCUUUGUCAAUUAUGGUCUACACCAGCCACAGUGUCCGAAUGCAACGGCAGCUGAAUUUGUUUUCGCAUGCAAUCAUUUUGCGGCCAUUUAUUACUUUGCGGAAUCGUUGCGACAGCCACGCGCCUUCGGUGCCAUACGUUGCAGACGAUACAACGGCUGCUGUCUUCUCAGCAAGAGUCGUCUUCUGUUGGGCGAAUGGGAUUGUGGCUGCCCAAAUGCCGCCAAGACAGGUGAAUGCCCGAUGGACGUAUUUAUGGGAGGUGAACCGGCUGUGCCAAAAAGCGGCAUUUUCUAUCUGAGCACGCGUUCUAACCCGCAGCCAUUUGGCUACGGCGAAACGGUGCGCAUUAAACGCGCUGGGCCGGCCACAUACUUGCAUAACAAAUUUUUGAGUAGUGAAUUCGUCAGCAAUCUGUUGAUGAAAUUUUACCACUGAGCGUACAGCGGGCAAUUAGUAGUAGUAGUCAGUUAGUAGAGUUAACAUGCCACGGCAAGAACUAUGAGUGGAUUGCGUGCAUAAGAAUCAUAAGUACAUAUGUAUAUAUUAAGUUGUUUAGAAGAAUAAAAACAAAUAACGGUAAAAAUUGCAUUGAGAAUGGCACUUAAUAAGCCGAAUUAAAUUGUUUAUUUGUAAAUGAUAACAAAAUUUAAUUGCUACCACUUUAAUUUGGUAUAACUAUGUAAGUUGCAUUUUCACAUAAUUGAGGUUAUGUACAAAUAUACUUUUUGUCGCAUGAGUUCAGGAAUAACUUUCAAUAUAAAAAACGCUUUCAAAGCGAAAUAUCUGGCAUACAGAUGUUGUUGUAAAUAUGUAUAAAAAUAUUGCAAUACAUAAUAUAUGUAACUCGCUCUAUAAAUUUUAAUAUAAUAAUAGAGUUUAAGAAUAUAUUAUUGGUUACUGUUAAAAAAAACAAUAAAUUUAAAUAAUUCAAUUAAACAUUUACAAACAA